CAGUGCCUAGUCUUGCUUGCACGCCCCGCUUUCGCGUCAGACCCGGCGGUCGCCUCCUUGCCUCUUGGUACCUGCUCCUAGUGGCCCCGAGGGAGCCCGGGCCGGGGACGACCCCUAAGAGGAGGAGAAGCGAGAGGAGCAGGUCUGCGAGUCGGAAGUGUUGUGGCGGCGCACUUGCAGCAAGAAUCAGGAGGAGCAGGAGACAGCAAGGAUAGGCCCAGGAGCAAUGGCGUCCAAAGAGGAACGAGCAAUAGAAAGUUUCAACAUGGAAGAUGCCCAACAGGAAAACGAAGGAGGGGACCAGGCCCCUUUGAAGACUGGAGAAGAAUCACUAGACUUGGGAGGGGGCAAAGUCCAGAAGUCUGGAGGAAAUAUCUGGCUGGGAUGGGUUAGACGACUUGUCCCUAAUUUUCGAUGGGCUAUACCCAACAGGCAUAUUGAUCACAAUGAAGUGGGAGAUAAUGUAGAAAAGUAUGUGGGGCAGAUGAUGGAAAUCAAAAGAAAGACUAAGAAGCAGCAGAUGAGACAUCAUGUGCCCUACCAAACUCCUGAACCUGACAAUCAUUAUGAAUUUUGCCUUAUACCUUGAAUGUUAAGAGUUUUCCUGAGGUUAAUAAUGUGGCCUCUGCUCUACAUGCUUGUAGUUUUUGUGAGUUACUUUUUUCUGUAAAUCUUUUGGUGUUUCCACUUACCAGUUUCUAACUGAAUACUAUUUUGUCUCAUCGUAUAACUUUCUGUCAGGAGGGCAAUAUCAUUCAGUUAUAAGAAAAAGUAUUCUUUUCAUAAUAUGAAAUUAAUAAAGCAGUUUUAAAAGCAA